UUAGACUUAUACGCUGUGCUAGAUUUGUUCGAAUCAAGUUCGCAGUCAUUCAUGUCAUAUAGCGUGUAAUGACUGGACUUAUAAUUUAUAAUGGCGUAAUCCGUAGCGAAUUUUACCAUGUAACUUUAAAGAGUCAUGUAAGCUGGGAAACGGAAUGUGUUUGAAUGUAAACUAAAGACUGGUGAAUUGAGUUCCGCUCUCAUGAAACACCUAAACGAGUAAAAAUUACCGGGAUAUUUCAACUUCUAUUAAAGUACUUGUGAUCCCAGCGCUGCACGCAGUAAUGUGGCCCGUAGUGUGGACAGCGUUGCGGACCUAUGCUCCUUAUGUCACCUUCCCUGUGGCUUUUGUGGUCGGAGCAGUGGGCUAUCACCUGGAAUGGUUCAUCAGGGGCACCCCCAAACCCAGAGAGGAAGAGAGAGGCAUCCAGGAACUGAGGGAGGAAAGAAAGCUGCAGGAGCAAGUGGGCAUGGACAGCACAAAGCUGGAGGACUAUGCACUGAGAGCAGAAGAGAGGGUGAACAUUGAAUCAUACAUUCUUCCUUAUUCAGCUCAGCUCCACUUUCAUGGAAACCCAUAGCAAAAGCUUGCCUGGGUGAACACUGGAAAACUUUUAGUAGCUGGAAUAUAAUUAUUUCUUCUCCAUAAUCAAACAAAGGAGUAUGUAUUAUGCUUUACCUAAUUCUCCAGUCAUUUUCUUGAUGGUGCGUGUGCAUGCUCUUAUCAGUGACUUAAGCCAUCCACUGUAAUUAGAACACCUUAUUGUAGAACCUUUGAGUGUUCGGUCUUUGAUCUGACAAAGUUUUAUGUGAUUUGGAACAGACUUGGAUGUAUUACGUACAUCUGGUUGUGCCAGUAUGGUAAAUGUAUAUAAUUGCGACUUUGUUAUUAAGUCACUCAAAUGUCAUUUGUCAUUUCACGACCAAUUUUCAUGUUACAGACCUGUCUGGGUUUUUACUCCUUUUGAUCUUUUCUGUUUAUCGAGACAGGAAGUCUGGCUGUCAUAAAAGAAGAGAAGAACGACAGGACUUUGUUGGAACCUUUGAUGAUAUGUGACAGAACAUAAGCCAGCAUUGUAGGCGGUCUCCCAGGAUGUUUAAGCUGCUUAGUUGUAUUGUCUGGAACCAUGUGCUCAAUACUUUCAUUUUAGAAAGUCUGGAUUUGCACACUUUAAAUAUGUGUGUUGCUGAAAAAAUGUGAUAAAUAAAGAAAAACGUUUGUGUGC